AUGUACCGAUCGGACGGGCCAUGUGGUCCGAAAAGGGCCAAGACUGCGCAUGUCACAAUAAUAUAUAGCAAUGGCUGCGCCGUAGCGACCCAGAGCAAACCACAUGGUGUCACUCUUCACUCUAGACUCUUGGACAUUUGCACAGCUAAGAGAGCAGCCGUCUCUCUCACCCCCACACGCUCUUCCCCUCUAUCCCUCUCCCUCCCCACCCAUUCACCCAAGCGACACAUGCCCGACAGCCCCGACGUAAAGUUCGCGGGCCUGUCGACACCCAAGCUCGACGGUGGUAACUCCGUCACUCCGGCGUCGGCAGGCUCCUCGUCACUGGGCAGGAUGGACAUGGACGAUGUCGAAGCUGCAUACGUCACAGUCAUGGACGGCGGCAGCAGCGACGACUGCACCCGACCGCGCACGCCCUUGCUUGGGAGGGCGAAACGCAGCGCAAAGAGUGUACCGGGAGUGACGCCUGUGCUACGGAUCGUCAACACCAUUCUGGGGCCAUCGCAGCGGGCUGUCCCACCACCACCACUGCCGCUGGACAAGACGUACUUGGGCAGGAUGUUACGCCGUGUCCCGUUUUUCUCGCGGCUCGCCAGACUCGAUUCGGCGUGCUCGCACAUGUCGCGCCGCUUGGGCCUUCGGCGGCUAUGGUUCCCAUACCUGUUGUUGUGGAUCAUGGGCUUCAUCCUCCUGAUCCGCGCCGCAUAUUAUCCACCGGGAGGCGCCGAGAUGGUGGACUGCACGUCGACGUUUUGGCCAGACUACCCGCCCGAUACAUGUGGACAGGACGGCAACUUGUGUUCUGGCAGCUUGGUGGAGCAGGUGGUGCGCUGCCCCGGUGGCUGCAAGGACACUACGCUCGGCAAUCUCCGCUGGAUUGGUGGCGAGGUGGUGAACGGUGUCCCUGUGCUCAUUGGAGGUGGAGACGACAAUGGCACGUAUAGAGCCGACUCGUGGGUCUGCGCUGCUGGCAUCCAUGCUGGUGCCAUCUCACCCACCUUUGGUGGUUGCCUUCGCUUGCAACCUCUUGCCUUCCCCUUGGGCUUUUCCAACUUUGUCGGCACCAAGGAACACGGUCUCGAGUCCGAGUCCUUCUCCCCACACUUUCCCGCCGCAUUCACACUCUCACACGCUGGUAGUGGCGCGAGCUGCAUCGACUACCACUGGCCCAUCACUGCAUACAACGUCAUCCUGUUGUUCGUCUUCACAGCCCUCUUCGCCCCGCCUCCAGGUGUCCUCGCGACGACCAUCUUGUUGUUGGGAUACCUCCAGAUCAAGCUCGUAUCAGACCCACCGUACCGCCCGCCCGACUGGAGCGACGUCUUGCAAGGUGUCCCACCCGUGCUCUUUGCAGGAUACUGGGCAUGGAACGUGUGUCUGCGCCGCACGCUGCAGGGGUUCGCUGUCGCCGCCCUCCCGCUCGCCACGGCCGUGUGGCAAGGGUUUGGCUUUUGGGUCGGGACCGAGUCGUCGACGCUCUUUGCCAAAGUCCCCAUCUCGCGCCUUGGGUAUGGCAAACUCGGCGCGGACGGUAUCGUCGCACUCAUCAUCAUCAUCAUUGUCGUCGCCGUCGCCGUGGGCAUCCAGGCAUUCGAGUUCCGCCGCCUGGGUUAUUUCCGCUACUACAUUGUCCGCUACCUGCCCCUCGUCCCCAUCCUCAUCAUCUUGGCGUGUAUUGGCCACUCGUACUACCUGAGACUACACCACUACCUCCUUGCACUCGCGGGUCUGCCCGUCAUGUCCCUCCCGAACCGCGUCAGCUUGUUCGGCCAGUCGUUCUUCCUCGCAUUCUUCCUCGACGGAGUCGGGCGGUGGGGGUGGGCGAGUAUCCUCCAGAGCGAGGCCGAGCUCAUUGGCGACGCAGCAGUUGGAUCGGCCUUGCCAGCCCUCACGGCCAUCUCGUCCUUGGCCCUGUCGUGGCCGGCGCUCAACUCGACAUACCUCGACGCGGGCCUCACGUCGUUUGCGUUGGUCCUCGACGAUUUGGUGGUCGAGGCCAACUCGACUCGGACCAACUUUAGCCUCGCGGACGUGUCGGCGGAUCUCGCGACUGACCACUACUUCCGCAUUGCCUACAUUGCCAACGGCUCGAGCAUGGACUUUUCCGAUCCCGCGACGUGGUACUCGAGCAACCAGUCGUGGGUUAUCCCCACGGAGGACGAGUAG